GUGUGCAGGUAAAAUAUGGUCUCAAUGCUCACAACUUGUCUAGUCUUAGGACUUGCUAGUCCGGGACUAUGUGGUAUUUUUGAUUAUCCAUCGCAGUGGUCACCGGAUGAAGUUCUUAACGAUAUUACGAACGCUACCGCAAUAAUUUUGCAGCCCAAUCCAAUUUUUAACGUCAUUAUACCACAACUUAGCGCACUUUUUAAUUUAUCAACAGAAAACUUAGCUGAUUGGACUGAGAUCCUCGCCAAUAGAUUUGGAAUACAUGCUGGAUAUACACCACUAGACCAAUCGCUGAUAACUACCGUUCUAAAUAACAUCCUAUCCACACCAACGACACAGCCACCUUCAGCAGAAGAUCUGAACAACUUCUUCCAGAAAGCAUCAACAGUAUUGAAAGAUUCAUCGAUCUGCGGUGCAUGCCAAUUUCUAGAACUUAUUUUUCAACUUCAUCAAGACUUCGUGAUUCCGGUUCUAAUAGGCAUCUGUGACCUUUAUAUGGGACUAUCUACCUACACUGUGAGCACCUUUUGCCCGCAGAUAGUAGAUCUCAAUUUACCUAGCUUAACAUAUAUCAGAGCAAACAGUAAAAUAAUGGAUAACCAACUGGUAUGUUCCGUACUUCUCCAGACCAAGGAAUGCUAUUUUCCGAUACCGCCUCUCACGUGGGUUGGAUCAGUCAAUUCUGGCCCAAAAAUAUAUCCCCAGCCAGUAAGCUCCAACCAACAACCAAUAUAUAUCAUACAUUUAUCGGACGUUCACGUAUCAUUAAAUUAUGAGACUGGUGGAGUCAGUGAUUGCGGAUAUCCAGUAUGUUGCCUUGAGGGAUUGGGCAACAGUCAGCUGAAGUCUGGAAAAGCGGGACAGUGGGGCGACUACAACUGUGACUCCGCUCCGAACGUAUUAGAUAGUGCCUUGGAUUUCAUUAAAACGAUAUAUCCGUCUAUCGAUGCUCUCUAUUAUACAGGAGAUGUGGUCGACCAUGCUAUAUGGAAUACAACUGUAGAACAAAACAUAAACUCCUUGGAUUUCGUAUUCGGUAAAGUUAAAGCAGCAUUUCCAGGUAUAGUCGCUUUACCAUCGUUGGGAAACCACGAAGCACAGCCUAUGAAUGUAUUCCCACCUAGAGAGACAGCUAUAGCAAACGCCGGACUUGACCAACAGUGGCUUUACAACCAUGUUGCAUACUUGUGGGGUUCAUGGGUCGAUGCACCUGCUGUAGAUAUGAUCAAGCAACAUGGAUAUUAUUCAUACGAGCUCUAUCCCAAGCUCAAAGUUAUUGUGCUCAACAACAAUUUCUGUUACUCCUACAACUGGUGGUUAUUCUACAAUACUACGUAUAUGCAAACCGAAUUGAAUUGGCUGCAGACCGAACUAUUGGCCUCAGAAGCAAAAGGCCAAUACGUCCAUAUCGUCGGCCACAACACUUUGGGAAACUAUGAAUGCAUUUCCCCGUGGGAAGAUACUUAUCUUAAGAUUGUACGAAGAUUUUCACAUAUAAUCAAAGGCCAGUUCGUUGGCCACACUCACACAGACGAAUUAAAAAUCUUCUACGACGAAGAUGGAACUACUCCCAUAAACGUGGCGUUCAAUGGGGCUAGUUUAACAACGUAUACCACAUACAAUCCCAACAUCAAAGUUGUAGCGGUGUCUCCAGAUACGAUGGAAAUCCUUGAUAUCUUUACCUAUUACUUUAAUCUAACUCAAGCAAAUCUAUAUCCGGAUCAGAGUCCGCCAUGGACAAAGCUUUAUUCGAUGAAAGAACAGUACAACCUAACGGAUCUUUCACCAGAAAGUUUCGAUAAACUGUCUGACACGAUGGCUGACGUACCUGCUCUACUAAACACCUACUGGCUAAACUAUUGUCGCAAGGGAGACGCUGCCAUGAAAGCUGGAUGUGACAGCGCGUGUCAGCAAGACAUUUUAUGUAAAAUAACCAGAACUCAGUCCAGAAAACCUACCAAAUCGUAUUGUACUUCUUAAAUUAUUGAUCAGAUCUUCAUUCUAAAUAAUUUGUUAUUUACUGUUUUAUGAAAUAUAUUUUAAUAAAUUGUU